AGAGUUGUCGCCCUGUUAUUAGUAUUUGACGAAAUUUCAUGUGAUUAUUGGCUAUUUUUUCAUUUCUUCACAAAUGAUACGUACUGUCAUGUAGAUAAAAUACAAAACCCACAGAGAAAAAAGAAUUUAGAAUCAGAAUGUCGUGUUAUGGAUGCGGAACUUCAUUCAGUUUAUUUAAAAAAGAGCAUGGCUGUAAAAACUGUGGAUUUGCUUUCUGUAAUUCUUGUCUAAACAAGAAGAUAGCUGUUCCUAAACUGAAGAAUGAAAAACACCAUGUGUGCAACAAGUGUUAUAACAUCUUAACAGGAAAAAUAAAACCCCAGGAUGAUUCUGGAAGAUACUCUCCUCCGGAGGCUUACAAAAAGCGUGUAGCAGCAUUAGAAGAGAGAGAAAAGGGUGGAGGCAGUCAUGGUAGUAAGACGCAUCAUACAAAACCAACUGGCAAACCAGAAUAUAAACACCUUGCAAAACCUGAGAGGGAAAUACAGGAAAGAUUAGAUAAAUUAAAGGAAGAUAGAAUACAAAAAGAAAAAAACAGUCCAUCACAAAAAGAAAUAGAAGAAAGACUUUCAAAGUUAAGAGGAGAAACUGCAGCCGCAACAGUAGCUACAAAGAAACCAGCAUACCAGGCUCCAGACAGAAGAACUCAACAGGAUCAGAUUAAUGACUUAUUGGAUGAAAUUGGGGAGGAAAUUGAAAUAGAUUCACAUAGACCUGACCCUGUAAAGGACAUUGAAAAUAGACUUGCUGGUCUGAGAGGAAAUCCAGAGUCUGACAAACCAAGUCACAGAGAAUCUGAAAAAUCCAGUAACAAUCUAAACAGAGAAGACUCACAAGAAACUGUGCCAUUUACAAAAAACAUAGACGUCAAUAACAAAACAAAUACACAAACAACAGACAAACGAACAAAUGAUGAGAUUCCAUUAGAAGAAAUGCAGAGAUUAAUAGCAGAGGCAUCAAAAGAGUUAGAUGUUGAUGCACAAAAAGCAUUAGAAGAUCUACAGAAAGACAAAGAGAUCAUGAAAAGACUACAGGCAGUGAAGAAUAGAAAGAAAGAGGAUGUGAAUAAAGAUACUGAUGAAAAGAGUGCUGACGAAAUAUCUGAUAGUGACAAUGAGAAUGAGGAAACGCUGACUAAGAAUCUCAUUAAACAAAUUUUAGAAGAAAAUAAAUUAGACGAAGCAGCAGCUAAAGAUGGAGUAGACACUUCAGAGACAAACUCUUUGAAGGAAGAAAAAAGUAAAAUAUCUUCAAAGGAUUCAAAGAAAAGUAAAGAAAAAUCAAAGAGCAACAAGAAAUCAAAGAAAGUACUGAAUACAGAACCAAAAAAACAAAGGGUGGAGGAAAACAACAGUGAUGUUGAUGACGAUGAUGAAUUGCCAUAUUGUGUGAUGUGUACAGAAGACGCUAUCAUUCGUUGCCAUGGUUGUGACCUUGACUUAUAUUGUGACAGAUGUUGGAAAGAGAGUCAUGUCCAGUUUGAAAUGGAUGAUCAUGUGACUUCAAAAUAUAUACAGAAGAAAGGAAGGACUUAGCAACAAUAUACUGAUUUAUACAUAAUCUUCCAUGGCAUUUUUUUUAUGCAAAUUUUUACAUUUUUUAUUUAAAGAUAUGUAAUAGCAUACGAUUUCAAAUUUAUGAUGGGUUUAUCACUUUUAACCUCAUUAUAUAGUCUAAAUUAAACACAUUUGAAUUUUUAUAAUGUCACAGUUUUUGGGGAAAAAAAUAAGAGAAGUUAGUUCCAAAGAUUUCUUUUAUGUUCUUGAAACAUGAUUAUUUAAUGAGUAAGUUAUUAUUUUUAUAAAAAGAAAUUAAAAUCUUUAUUGAGUGCAGACCCGUUUUAGUGAUGGCUAAUUAAGAAUCAUUAAUGAUGUUAUUUUGAAUUAAUUUUCGUUUCAUUUUAUCUGACUUUGCAAAACGAAAUCUAAGACUAUCUCUGACUGUUAAAGUCAGGUGAUAUUGUAAUGAAAGGACAACAACAGAAUGUGCUUGGUAAGGCUUUAUUAGUCCCCUACCGACGAAGUCGAAGAGGACUUUAGGUUUGCACUCCGUCUGUCUGUCCGUCUGUCCAUCUGUCCGUCAGUCUGGCAAAUCAGCUUUCCACACUUUUUUUCUUUGUUCUUGAAGAUAUUGAUUUGAUAUUUGGUAUAUAGUUUUAUCAUGACUAGUUAUAACUCAAGUUCGAAUUUCCUGUCUGAUGAUUUAGUCCAGAGUUAUGGACCAUAACUCUGGACCAUAUCUAAUGUUAGAGUACUAUGUUAAACCAUAUUUCUGUACAAAGGGAGAUAACUCAUUUUUUAAAGGACAUUCUUUGUUACAUUAUUUGAAGAAUUUUUUGGCAGGUUUGUUUGUUUUUAGUAUAAACUAAUUUUCUGAAUGCUAUAGAUAUAAAAAAAAUUAUGAAGAAAAUCCUUUAAUUAGAUAAUAAUCUAUUUUUAUUAAUGUAUAUAUUUCAAUACAUUACAUUGUGUAGAUAAAAGUUGUUGACAUUUUAUAGAUAAGUUACAAAUCUAUAUUAGUUUGUGACAAAUGAAAGAAAAAAUAUUUGGAACUAAUAAUUAUAUUUGAUUAUAAUUUGAAAAUAGAUAUACACUGUAUUACAUCAUAUCUAAUUAUAGAGAACUAUUAAUCAUAUCUAAUGUUUUUUUCACUGUAUAAACAGUUUUCCACACUGUUUAUAGUCAUGCUUGAAGAUAUUAACAUGAUAUCUACUUUUUGUUUACACCAUGACAAGUUAUAGAACAAGUUAGCUUUUUGUUCCAGUAAAAUGAAUUUUUACCCGGUAGGGGACUAUGUAUUGCCAUGCAAUACUCUCAGAAUGCUUGUUUAAAAAAGCAGCACCUCUAUGGUUCUCAGGUAACAGUGCUGACCUAUAUUCUUUGAUAGGUGAAGGGAGAUAACUUAAUUUCUUAAUUCUAAAUGUUUUAAAAGUUCUGAGGUUGUAAAAUACAAUUGUUUCUCCCAUAGUAUAGGCUACAAUAGUAGCAUUUUUCAAAAAACAGAGUUCAGAAAGUUGAUUUUCAGAAUGAAAUCUUGUCAUCAAUGAAGAAAAAUUAUAAGCCAAUAUAUUUUUAGUCCCAAAAAUAUAGGUUCUUGUUGAUUUUCUUUACCCAAUAUUAGUUAUCUCCCUUGCAUAUGAAUACAUGUCUUGUCACAGGUAAUUAAUUGUUCACUGGAAGAGUGAACAAGGUAUCUUGUUAUAAUAAAUAUCAGGUGCACACACCAACCGAUCAGGAUUAGUUAUACUCUUAAUUCUCAAUAGCAUGCUAUCUUCAUUUCAAUGGCUGCCUCAAUAGCAUGCUAUCUUCAUUUCAAUGGAUGCCUCAAUAGCAUGCUAUCUUCAUUUCAAUAGCUGCACCCAUGUUACGCAAUGGUUUAUUGAAACUGGAAUAUUGAUGUAAUGGUAGCUUCCAUUUCCAGGGCCCUCAGUCAUAAAAUUUACUCAGUACUUGGAGUACAAAAUUUGUGCUUGAAACACCAAAUCCAGUAUCUUGAUUGGUUGAUUUUUGUGUCUGAGUACGAGAAUUAUGCUUGAAAUUUGUAUUACCCCAAGGCUAGUUGUGUUUUCCAGUUCUCAUGUCAGAUGUUAACAUUAUUUAUAUCAAUUUAGCCUAUGCUACAUAUUAGUUUAACAUACAGCAUUAUAGUUUUACAUGUCAUCCUUUGUCAUCACUUUGUUGUAGCUUUUAAAGCUUCUUCAUUUCUUCUUGAACUCCUUUCAAAUUAUUAGGAAAAUUUAAUCUUACUUAAACUUUUAAUGAUAUUCUUUUCCAGCAAAAAAAAAAAAAAGUAUGAAACUGUUUUAAUUUUGCUUGUGUUAAAGGAUCAGUGCGAGAUAUUUUAUCAUCUGUUGUUUAUCCAUUGUUUUCAUACUCAGAUUGUAAACUUAAAAAAAAAAAAUGCUCCACUUAAUUCACAGAGACUUUUGAACCCAACUUGGUCACAAUAAUCUUUAGAUUGUGUAGUUUCAGAGCAUAUGUUGCCAUCUGAUCACUAAAAA